AUGGUCGUCAAGGUUGGCAUCAACGGAUUUGGCCGUAUCGGCCGUAUCGUCUUCCGCAACGCGAUCGAGCACAAUGACGUCGAUAUCGUUGCUGUCAAUGACCCCUUCAUUGAGCCCACCUACGCUGCCUACAUGCUCAAGUACGACUCCUCCCACGGAAACUUCAAGGGUGAGGUUAAGGUCAACGGCUCCGACCUGACCGUCAACGGCAAGACCGUCAAGUUCUACACCGAGCGUGACCCCGCCGCCAUCCCCUGGAGCGAGACCGGCGCCACCUACGUCGUCGAGUCCACCGGUGUCUUCACCACCACCGAGAAGGCCAAGGCUCACUUGAAGGGUGGUGCCAAGAAGGUCAUCAUCUCUGCCCCCUCCGCCGAUGCCCCCAUGUACGUGAUGGGUGUCAACGAGGACGCCUACGACGGCAGCGCCGACGUCAUCUCCAACGCCUCCUGCACCACCAACUGCCUGGCCCCCCUGGCCAAGGUCGUCAACGACAAGUUCGGCAUCAUUGAGGGUCUCAUGACCACCGUCCACUCCUACACUGCCACCCAGAAGACCGUCGACGGUCCCUCGGCCAAGGACUGGCGUGGAGGCCGUGGCGCCGCCCAGAACAUUAUCCCCUCCUCCACCGGCGCCGCCAAGGCCGUCGGCAAGGUCAUCCCCUCGCUCAACGGCAAGCUCACCGGCAUGUCCAUGCGUGUGCCCACCGCCAACGUCUCCGUUGUCGACUUGACCGUCCGUAUCGAGAAGGCUGCUUCCUACGAGGAGAUCAAGCAGGCCAUCAAGGCCGCCGCUGAGGGUCCCCUGAAGGGCUACCUCGCCUACACCGAGGACGACGUUGUCUCCUCCGACCUGAACGGUCACCCCGCCUCGUCCAUCUUCGACGCCAAGGCCGGUAUCUCGCUCAACAACAACUUCGUCAAGCUGGUCUCCUGGUACGACAACGAGUGGGGAUACUCCCGCCGUGUCCUGGACCUCAUCGUCCACGCCGCCAAGGUUGACGGCUCCAAGUAA